AUGUCCAUCCCUGACAAUGACAUUCUUCGUUUUAUUGAAGGCUCGGGCCCGCCCCAGUUUGUCCCCCCAAUCCCGGAAAAGACACACUCCCUCCCUGAUAUCUUGGACCACGACUCUAAUAAUAGCUUCCACUUCCAAUCGGCGCAGGGCAACCAUCCUAAUAACUCCAUCUCCAACACCAAUGGCAACGACAACGACAACGGCAACGACAAGAGAAACAGAAAUAACAAUGACAACGAUUCCCACCACAAUCUGCUCUCCUCGUCGCCUACGAUCCCGCUCGACUCCCCCUCCCCACCUCCUGCUUCACAGACUCUACCUCUUCCCUCUCCAGAGAAGCUAAACUUCAUCCAUUUGCUAAAAUUUUCCCUUAUUGAGUACAUCAAACUACUGGACUCGCACCAGAGCGGUGUGCAAACGAGAACGGAAUAUAUCCUCUCCUUUAUGAAGGUCAAUGGCGUCGAAAUUAGACAAAAACUAAUAAAUGAUUAUAUUAACGACCUGAAAAAUGAUCGACUCGAACAUUCCAUCCUUUGUACAUUGCCUGAAAACUAUAUCCAGGAAACUAAAUCUUUACUCAUAGAAGCAAACAAAAAGAGGAAAGUCUACAAUAAAAAGAAACUCUCCUCUAAUAGUGCACUGUCAACACCAACAGAAAUUGUCUCCUCACAACCUCUUGUGUUUGCUAGUAUACUUAACAUCAAAAUAGGACUACUGUUUAAUCAGUCUCAACAACAACAUCCAGCUCAGCACCAGCACCAGCAUCAACACCAAUUGCACCAAUUUAGUCCUAAUGUGACUUCUAUUGCUAGCUAUUCCAAUCUGACCAAUAAACUCAAAUCUUUUUCAUUUCUCCCCAAUAAAGAAAACUUCAUCAUUGACUUAUACCCGCAAAAUAUAUGCUCUCAUUCUUUAACUUACUCUAAAAUACCUUUACUACUGAACCCUUUAAUUAGCGUCAACCUUGAGAAUGAUCAAAUGUUUUCAUACAUUGAAACCCAGCUAACUUUGCCGUUAAACCUGUUUCAACCUCAAACGGAUAACUUCUCCAACUAUUCGAAAAUCCUACAGUUCAGAUCGAUCCUACGUAUCUACGAUAAAAACGAAUUGAUCUACAGGAAAAUAGAUCCAAUUUCAGGUUCAAUUGUCUCAAAUGGAACUGUGAAGAUCAUCUUACCCCUACAUGCCAAGCUUUGGUCUUCCCUCAUAAACGAUUACCAUAACGGUAUAAUCCAACCAAAUAAAUUCGAUAAUCUUAAAAUCACUCACACAUUGUACCCAGAUGAUGACCUGUUGAACUUCAAAAACUCUCCUAUACACUCAUUCGCCUGGGAAUUCUACUCAACUCUGAACAAUGACGUGCCCGAAUGUAUUAACAUCUCCAAAGAAACAUCCGUGACAACAACUCCAGCAACAGCCGCCCACUCCCCUCAAGUAACGCAGCGUAAACAAGCAGCUCCCUUGUCCCACAAGCGUUCACGUUCACGCUCGUUCAACGAUAUACAGUAUUCAAUACAACCAAGAAACCCCCCUAUCUUCGAAUUCCACAACUCUACAGUGGACUCAUUUGACAAUUCUUACUCUAUUUCGGACUUUCUCAAUGAAUCCAUGGCGAAGCCUACCCCCACAAGCAUGAACAUGAGCAUGAACGUCAAUAUGAACCCAAAUAUGAAUAUCAGUAUGAAUCCAAAUAUAAAUCAAAAUAUGAAUCCAAAUACAAAUCAAAAUGUGAAUCCAAAUAUAAAUCAGAAUAUGAAUUCUAAUAUGAGCCCAACCAUGAACCCAAAUGCAAACACAAAUGUGAACAUAAAUGUGAUCCCAAACCCUACCUCCAAUACACACGCAACCACAAGUGUCAGUGCCCCUUCUACGGCUCCUCCAACACAAGGCCUGUUUGACGGUUUAGACAUCUCGUCUUUGAGUGAUGAGCCUCUCUUUUGA